UCAGGAAUGACGGCUGGGUAUCAGAUCGCCAGUGACUCGGAUGAGGUGGAUUACAUUCCCAAACACGUUCCUGCCUCCACUUCCUCUACUGGAAGUCCAGCUAAAGCCUCCCGCCUGCCCAAUGUCCUCACCUCGCUGGAGAUCCCGCCAGCCUACCUGGAGGAAAUCCUUCGGCCCAAGAAGUCUCCCAGCAAUAACGAAGAGUUCCAUUAUCAGCACCAGAGACUCUAUCAACCGCACUACCAAUAUAGUCAGUCCCCAGAACACCUCCAGCCUCACCCCCAUCCACUUAACUCCCAGUAUGGGCAGUCCCAGGGACCUCACGGUUAUCAAGACCACACCUCCCUGGGUCACAAGUACAACCCGCAGAUUUACCAGGAGGACCACAAAUUUCGCGGAGAGUAUUUCGAAAACCAGCAAUAUCUUGGACAGAAAUUCAAUUAUCAGCAGUACCAGCGCUUGAACGCCAAUGGUCACAAAGUCGAGGGUCAGUAUUAUAAUGGUCAGCAUCCGCAAGAUUCGAAGUUUCAAUACCAGUAUUACUCAAACCAGAACCACCAGUCACAAAAUCUGGACUCUCAGGUGGAGUCCAAAUCUGCUGAUAAUAUCGUUCCCAGUGGUGUUUACACUGGCAGCAUUAACAAUGGUGCAUCUACAGUUGGUAUUUCCACUGGCGGGAUUUACCCUGGAAGUGUUCCUUCCAGUGUUGUGUACCCUGGUAAUACUAACCCCAGUGGUGCUUACACGGGCGGUGUUUACACUGGAAGUAUUCCUUCCAGUGUAAUGUAUCCUGGUAAUACUAACCCCAGUGGUGCUUACACUGGCGGUGUUUAUACUGGCAGUGUUUACUCUGCCGGUAUUUACUCUGGUUCUAACGACGUUGUCUACGGUAAUGUUGAGAGUUCCAGCUCACAGUGGUCCAGAAGUGCGUCUCAUGAAAUCGAGAAAGAUGAUCCCCUUGGAGGACGUCAAGUAGAGAGUACCUCGAUAGGACCAAGAUUUGACAGGACUCUUCCCAGGAAGGUGACAGUACAGACGGGCAAGACCGCCGAGCUGGCCUGCAGGGUACUUGACAGCGCCGAGAAGUCAGUGUCGUGGAUGAGGCACGAGGACCUGCACAUCCUGUCCGUCGGCAAGUACAAGUACAGCACGGACGAGAGGGUGUCCGUGAGAUGGGAGGAGGGUCGUCAGGAGUGGGUGCUGACCAUUGAGAAGGUGAAGCAGGAGGAUGCUGGCAUGUACGAGUGUCAGGUGUCAGCCAAGCCUGUCCUCAGCUUCAUUGUCAGCCUUGACGUCGUAGUGCCUCGGGCGGAAGUGGUUCACGGUCCAGAAAUCUUCGUUCAUCGUGGAUCGCUAAUCAAUCUCACUUGUGUUGUCACUCACGGUACACAGCGACCUGUCUAUGUCUACUGGUACCACCAUAAUAAGGUGCUGGACUACGAGGGUCGUGGAGGAGUGACGGUGAUAACCAAGGCCAGCACUAACACUGUCAGUCACCUCCUCAUGAGAGACGCGAGGCCGGAGGACUCUGGCGUGUAUGCUUGCAGACCAUCUAAUGGCGAGGACGCCUACGCUACACUGCACGUUCUUAAUGGUGAACAUCGAGCAGCGAUGCAGAGUGACUCCAGUCCCAGAAUGUUUGUACCAUUGUUUGUGAUCACUGUUGAUGUGUCUCUCACAUAUAUGGUUCAGCUGUACAUGAGUAGCAUUGAUGGUGCUCCCUAAGUGACUACAUCCAGCUGUCGUGGGUAAUAUACCUCAUAUGUAUGAUAAACAGUUGAUGGGAAGCAUCUCUUGGCUCUUGUUGGAUCCUAGGACUGUGUGAUACUUGAGGACAUACUGUUAACUUGUAGGCUGUGGAGUGUGUGAUUCUUGUCGUGGCUGGGGUAUGUCAUUCCUGUCGUGGCUGUGGUAUGUCAUUCCUGUCGUGGCUGUGGUAUGUCAUUCCUGUCGUGGUUGGGGUAUGUCAUUCCUGUCGUGGCUGGGGUAUGUCAUUCCUGUCGUGGCUGGGGUAUGUCAUUCCUGUCGUGGCUGGGGUAUGUCAUUCCUGUCCUGGCUGGUGUAUGUCAUUCCUGUCGUGGCUGGGGUAUGUCAUUCCUGUCGUGGCUGGGGUAUGUCAUUCCUGUCGUGGCUGGUGUAUGUCAUACCUGUCGUGGCUGUGGUAUGUCAUUCCUGUCGUGGCUGUGGUAUGUCAUUCCUGUCGUGGUUGGGGUAUGUCAUUCCUGUCGUGGCUGGUGUAUGUCAUUCCUGUCGUGGCUGGGGUAUGUCAUUCCUGUCGUUUCUUGGUAUGUCAUUCCUGUCGUGGCUGUGGUAUGUCAUUCCUGUCGUGGCUGGGGUAUGUCAGUCCUGUCGUGGUUGUGAUAUGUCAUUCCUGUCGUGGCUGUGGGAUGUCAUUCCUGUCGUGGCUGGGGGUCUCGUAAUAUAGGUUCUUCAGAAAGUGACACAAAUCAUGUCGAAUUAACUACAAAUUAUAAAUGUGAAAUUUGGUGGCUGUCAAAUUGGCACUAAUGUACACUAUCAUUAUCAGUGUACACGAUCAUAAGUGUACACUAUCAUUAUAAGUGCACUAUCAUUAUAAGUGUACUAUCAUUAUAAGUGUACUGUCAUUAUAAGUGUACACGAUCAUUAUGAUGCUGACACUAGUGUACACGAUCAUUAUGAUGCUGACACGUGUACACGAUCAUUAUGAUGCUGACACUAGUGUACACGAUCAUCAUGAUGCUGACACUAGUGUACACGAUCAUUAUGAUGCUGACACUAGUGUACACGAUCAUUAUGAUGCUG